AUGGUCAAGUUCCUCGACCAACUCUCGCUGAUCUGCCUGACAAAAAUCGUUGCCCAAUGUGUCAAACUCCAAAAGCUCUCCCUCCACACUGUCACCUCGCCGUCCGACAGGGGCGAUUACAGCGCAGCCAUUUCCGGCGGAGGUGGCGGAGGGUUGCAUUUGGGGAUGAUCUCCGUGUUGCAGUCGCUUGUGUAUCUGCAGAGUCUUGAACUGUACGUCAAUCGGGUUGUAGUUUAUCAGGACGAGAGUAAGGACCCGUCUGCAGGAGGAGGAGGAGGAGGAGGAGGAGGAAGGGGAGGGUUGGUGAAGAUGGUAGAUCGCGGGAUUGUAGUCCAGGAUCUUGUCAGACCACUGACUCGACUUCGAAGGCUCUCCCUCCGCGGCACCGCUUUCAUCUUCAACACCCCUAGCACAACAACUGACAAGGACCAGGAUAAAGAACAGAAAAAUGACAAGGACGACGACGACUGCUUCUCGAUCCGCUACCUAUCACUCGACACACCCUAUAUCUCCGAACAAGAACUCAUUCACCUCCUCACCCACACACCCGUCCUCCGAUCCCUUGACCUCCCCAGCGGUCUCUCCUCCUGGACCUGGUCUGAUACCUUCCUCAAAACCCUCCGGACCUACAAUACAAACCUCUGCGAAUUCUCGAUCAACGCGUCGGCACAACCCCCCAUCCUGGAAGACCAGCUCGUCAGUCUUGUGAUGAACGGGUUUCGGAAACCGAUUCGAAGGUUUGGUGCGCGGGCUUGUCAGUUGGAAGAAGGGGAGAUCUUUACUGCGCUUUUGGAGCAGCAAGCGAGCGCGUUUGCGGUACUCGCGGAGGAGGACGGGUUGGAUCUGAAGCAGGUCAAGAAAGAAAGGAGAGGACUGGAAGAGUUGGAUAUUUCGAUGGCAAAGAGGGUUGGACCGCUGUUUCGGGAAAGAUUGUAUGAGUUCUUGGGUACGACCAAGGGGUUGAGGAGGUUGGAGGCCGAUGGGGUCUGGUUCUCGUCGGGAGAUCUCGUCCCUAGCACCGAGCAACAACAACAACAACAUCAGCAGCAGCAGCAGCAGGAACAAGGUCAAGAUGAGGAGGAUGUCGAAGGAGAUGGGCCAGUAGCAGGAGGAGUAGGAGGGGGAGGAGCUGGAGCAGAAGGAGAUGCAGGAUCGAUUGAGCAGCAGCAACAGGAUCCUCAACCUCUGCUCCAAACUGCACAAGCUCAAGCCCAAGCACAAGUCACUGCCACUACCACCCCACAGCAACAACAACAACAACCUCAACAUCCAACAUUCUCAGGAUUUGCAUCCUCCAAAACCUUAACCCACCUCCACAUCGGCUUCUCCCACCCCUUUAGACCCUCAACCCCCUCCUCCUUCCACCUCCAAAACAUGUACUCCCUUCUCGCGACUCUAACAAACCUUACACACCUCCAACUCUCCAACUCUUGCCUCAACCGCCCCUCCUCCCCUUUCUCAGGAUUCGAGCGCCUCGCGGCGCUAAAACGCCUACGGGUGUUCAACAUUGAGACGUGCGGGUACCCGGCCCUAGGCCGUGAAGACGUCGAAUGCAUGGUGAAGGAGGUAUGGCCAGGGUUGGAGAGGUUGGUCUUGAACCAGUUGGGUGCUUCUCAGGAGAGGAUGUUGAGGGGGUGGUUGAGGGAGUUUGGGAGGGGGGAUUUGGUGGUUGAGUCUUCGAUGCCUUCUGGAAUGAUGUUCUUUUGA